AUGUGCGUUGUAUUUAUACGACCAUGUGCUCCCCCUCGCCAGCCUAACACGCCCGACGUAGCAAUCACAGAGAAUCCCCUGUGUCCCCAUCAAUCAGGAGAUAGGGAGGAAUCGGUGACGAGGAGCCGGGAACGGGGAGCCAAGACGGGGAGCCAAGACGGGGAGCCAAAGCCGGGGAGCAGGAGGCAAGGACACAGAGACAAGGAGCUGGAGACGAGGAAGCGAAAAUGGGGAGCUGCAAAGGGGGAGCCGAACACGAGAAACCGGGGAAAAGGAGCCAGAGAUGGCCUGCGGACGAGGAGCCGGGGACGAGGACACAAAGCCGGGGAGCAGGAGACCUGGGACGAGCGUCCUAACGGCCCUUCGCGUUCCGCCCCAGCAGGAGCGUCCUCACGGCCCUUCGCGCUCCGCCCCAGCAGGAGCGUCCUCACGGCCCUUCGCGCUCCGCCCCAGCAGGAGCGUCCUCACGGCCCUUCGCGUCCGCCCCAGCAGGAGCGUCCUCACGGCCCUUCGCGCUCCGCCCCAGCAGGAGCGUCCUCACGGCCCUUCGCGUUCCGCCCCAGCAGGAGCGUCCUCACGGCCCUUCGCGUUCCGCCCCAGCAGGAGCGUCCUCACGGCCCUUCGCGCUCCGCCCCAGCAGGAGCGUCCUCACGGCCCUUCGCGUUCCGCCCCAGCAGGAGCGUCCUCACGGCCCUUCGCGCUCCGCCCCAGCAGGAGCGUCCUCACGGCCCUUCGCGCUCCGCCCCAGCAGGAGCGGGAGGCGUCGCUGAGGACGAUAAGCAGGGCCCAGGGCGUCUUCAUCGCCCCUUCGCCUUAAGAUCUCGCGGGGGCGCCUCUCCAGAAGGCAGAUCGGGCACCUGGGGACUCCCCCGGGGGCGCGUCCUUAAUUACUACGGGGAGCCUUGGUUCGGGGUUCACCUGCGAGGGGGUCUUGGAGCUGGUGUUCACAAUAGCACUGGGGUGUGA